GAGUGGUAAUCAGUUAAUGCAGCAGGCAGGCCGAGACCAACACCGCGUCGGACAUGCCAGCUCCGCGCCCAGCCAUGGGGACAUUUCUGACGGCUUCGGUCGCGUUCUUCGCCGUUCAACUCCUGCAGUGUGAAUGCUUGUCGAACGAGCAUACACUAGCGGCGUCGGGCCUACUUCGAGCGAGUGGCGGAGAGGGUCUGACGCUGGGAAGAUACGAGCAUGGCGACGGCGUGGUUAACGUGACCAUGCGGGGCAUGGCCGUGGCGGGGAGGAUGACUCCAGAGUUCAUGCUCGACUUCUACCAGAGUCUGAGCUCGGGGACAGACCUCAACGUCACCCGGGAGGAAAACCAGGCGCUGCCGCUGCCGUCCGACACCGUCAGGAGUUUCGCACUAAAAGAUGCCAAGCAGAAAGGUAGCAAAAAAUUCAGCUACGUGUUCGACACCUCCAACAUUUCUCCAGACACGGACAUCCGGCUCGCUGAGCUGCGCAUGCGCGGUCCGCACUUCUCGCCUCCCCGCAGACUUUCCGUGCGUGUCUUCAGCCACGAGGAGAAGAAGUGCAAGAAGAAGAAAGAAGGCGCCACGUGCACGGUUAAACACCGAAUCGCCAGCUUUAAACACAUCCAAGAAGACCUGACCGCGGACGGCUGGAGAGUGGUGGACUUGACGAAGAAACUCUCAAGAUGGGUGCGACAGAAUGUCUCCGCGGACACCAUUGAGAUCCAGAUCACGUCAAAACCGGAGAGGCGACGUCCCCGGGACCUGAGCACCGACGCCUCUGAUUGGCUGAUGCUGAUGAAGAACAUGUCCCCGGUUCGUGAGGAAAGGGACACGUCGUUUGACGAGAGUCAUUCGGAAGACGAGGAAAGUGAUUUCUAUGGCACGGACGAACCUGAUGCAGAAUCUAGACAGAAACGAAGGGUGGAAAUCAAACUGUCCGAAGAUGUGAGUCUGGUAGUGUUCUCCCAGGACCAAAAGGCCGACUUACUCCGAGACUCCCAGAAGGCUAAGCGCGCACAACACCCCGUGAGACACGACCACCAAGCGGAAACGCGAGUCGCGCGCUCCAAUAGGAGACGCCAGAAGAAGUCUAAAAAGGGAAAGACGGACAGUUCUAAGAAAGAAGACACUCCUUGCAAGAAAGUAGAGUUCUGGGUGGAUUUCGACCACAUCGGCUGGGGCACGUGGAUCAUUUAUCCGAAGAGGUUCAACGCGUUUCGUUGUGAAGGCGUGUGUCCGACUCCGGUAGACCAGCUCUACCACCCCACUAACCACGCCGUCAUGACCAGCAUUUUGAACUUACACAAGCCGGGAAAGGCGCCCAUGCCCUGCUGCAUCCCCACUAAGUUAAAAGCUUUAAGCAUGUUGUACCUGGAACACGGGGAGGUAGUCCUUAGACAUCACGAAGAUAUGAUCGUGGAUGAAUGCGGCUGUCAGUAGUUAAUCAUUAGUUAGCUAGAUGGGGAUCUCACUACAACCGAAAUUGGAUUUGUGCAGUCCAUGGAAUAUCAUACAAAACGUAGAAUCACGGCAGAAAACAGUAAAAAAGUUUUUAUCUAUGAAAUUCGUUGAGCGCUCUUUCAAGGAGCUUGUUCGCAGCGAGGUCGCCAUCCUACUCCCAGUCGAAUGGUGGUGUUACUCAUCAGAUUUACUGGAGAAAAAAGCGAUCUCACAAAGUUUAGUAUUAUGAAUUCGGCACAAACACAGUGCUAUGGAAUACUAUAUAACUAGGGCUAUGGUACAGUGACUUUUGGACUUUAUGUAUGUUGUGCUUAUUGUGUAAAUACCAUGUAAUACACAUCCCUCGCUAGAUAGGGAACGAAAAUGUGCCUUAAAUUUCUAUGUAGCUACAGAUCGAUUUUGAUACAGCACUUUUAUACUAUUGGCGAUUUGUGGAUUGAUUGAAUAAUUGUAUUAAACUGUUUUAACGAUUUAUCCGAACUUCACUUAGGCCCGUUUAUUGUUUUCAUAUUUUUGUAAAUAAACUGUACAAACCAUA